AUGAGGACGAGGAAGGCGAUUCCCGAGGAGGAAGGGGUGAUCGAGGAGGCAAGAGGAGACGAGGGAGUCGAGAUCGAGGAGGAGGAUCAAGGCCCGGUGAAGAGAGGAACGAUUUAUAUGAUCUCGGGGGGCCCAACUGAUGGGGACUCGAACAAUGCAAGGAAGGGACAUAAUGGAAAAUUUGAGGGAGAAGAAAUGAGGAAGAUGAUGAUCAAAUUAGGAGAAAAAGAUAGAAUAUGUAAGAGUACGUUCAAUUUACUUAUAGUAGUUGGGUCCCUCAGUAAAAAAAUAGGUGAUAUUUAUAGUACACUACAAGUGCAAUCAGGGGCGUCCUUGGGCCCGUGCGGGCUGUGCGACCGCACAGGGCCCCCAAAAUAUAAGCUUCACCUUCGAGAUCAGAUUGGAGAAGAAAUCGGCUUUGGGGAAGUUGCAGAAGAAAUGCAGAAAAGGGAAAAUGGAAUUGGUGUGGAGAAGAAAAGACAAAUUGAAGAAUUGAGGCAUUUGGUCAAGGCACGUGGCAAAGGCACUAAUUGA